GCAAGUCCCUUAGAUUUUGUCACUGUGUUGAGUCAAAUUAAAAAAAAAAAAAAAAAAAGAAGAAGAAGGUGGAGGCGAAUGGAGGAAGAAGGAUUGAGGGGAGAAUGGGGAGAGAAAGUGUCAGAGAAGGUGGUAUCGGCUUACAACUCUCUUCCGAAGAAGGGGAAACCUCAAGGGCGUGAAGUCACCGUCCUAUCCGCUUUCCUCGUCUCUUCUCCUUCCCAAGAAGCGGAAGUGAUAGCAUUAGGGACGGGAACCAAGUGCGUUAGUCGGUCUCUGUUGAGUCCCCGUGGUGACAUUCUCAACGAUUCUCAUGCCGAAGUCGUCGCCCGAAGAUCUCUCAUGAGGUUCUUCUAUUCAGAGAUUCAGCGGAUGCAGCAGGCUAAAAGAACAUGUUGCAACGAAGCCAAGCCUCAGAGACAUGAUACCCAAAUACUCGAGUUAGACCCAAGCUCUCCUGGAGAUGUCAAAUAUAAGCUCAAAUCUGGAUGCCACUUGCAUCUCUACAUUUCUCAGUUGCCAUGUGGUUAUGCUUCCACUUCUUCACCCCUGUAUGCACUCAAAAAGAUCCCAUCAACACCAGUAGAUGAUGAGGCAUUGUCACAUAAUGGCUCCCACAGCCACAGCUGCUCCUUGGGGAGUUCUGAUGUUCAAGAUAUAGGUAUUGACACUCUUCUGCCUGCUACUUGCAAGAAUGUUUUUAUCCUAAUGUUCUCCAUUUCAGGUAAUGCAACUGACACGGUUCAGAGAAAGCCUGGUCGCGGUGAAACCACUCUCUCUGUUAGCUGUUCCGAUAAGAUCGCUCGUUGGAAUGUCCUUGGUGUUCAAGGGGCUUUGCUUUACCAGUUCCUUCAGCCUAUGUAUAUUUCUACCAUCACCGUUGGACAAUCUCUGCACUCUCCUGACAACUUUUCUUUCACUGAUCACUUGCGAAGAUCUUUGUAUGAGAGGAUCCUUCCCUUAUCCGAUGAGCUACUGCCUUCCUUCCGUUUGAACAAGCCACUGUUUUUUGUAGCUCCAGUACCACCAUCAGAAUUUCAGCAUUCAGAAACUGCUCAAGCUACCUUAACAUGCGGUUAUUCCUUGUGUUGGAACCGUUCUGGCUUACACGAAGCCAUUCUUGGAACAACCGGUAGAAAGCAAGGCACCUCAGCUAAAGGAGCUCUGUAUCCCUCUACUCAAUCAUCUAUAUGCAAACAGCGGUUUCUGGAGAUGUUCUUGAAAGAAAGUUAUGGACACGAAAGUGAAUCUUCUAAGUCAAAAGGAUCUUACAGAGAACUGAAGGACAAAGCAACUGAAUAUUCUUUGAUGUCAAAGAAAUUUAAAGGAAAGUAUCCAUUCAACAACUGGCUUACAAAACCCUUAAAUUACGAGGAUUUUCUGAUAAAUUAGUCCUGAGGUGACCUGAAAGCAGCAUGCCCAUGUAAGAAAAAAGUCCAUUUAAUAAUCAGUCAUGGGAGAGAAGACAAGGGGAGGGAAGGUUGUACCAUGCGAUGAAAAAUAUCUUGCUCUUCUGGCAGUUCUCAGGAGUGGUGAAAUCGAAGUCAUAGACAGCAUAUCUGCACUCGUUCUCAGGCAUACAUUUGGUGAAACUGUCGUAAGUUUCUUCUGGAUUCCCAACCAUAUCUAUCGUAACUUGCUGAGCCUUCUCAUCAAUUUUGAACACAAUAAACCUAUAAUUUCUCUUUGCUUUUAA